AUGUCCACUCUUUCGCUUAUUUUCCCACCUCCCCCUUCUCUUGCCUCUCCAUAUUCCUCACGCUUUGAAGCCCUCAAAGCAAUAACACUGUGUAGCAAUAAUGUGGCUCAGCUUGUCGCCCUCCUUGCCUCACCCACGGCCCCCUUUUUUCAGGUGUUCGGCAGCAGGGCGACUGCAGUGACAAAUCUUUGGACCAUUCCUCGCCCAUGCCCCCCCUUCCCAUGCUGCCCCUCCCCGUGCCCUCUCUCCCCAUGCCCCCCCUCGCCCAUGCCUGCUCUCGCCGAUGCACCUUUCUGGCCAUGCCGCCCCUCUCCCAGGUGCCUGGCGGCAGGGCGGCUGCAGCAGGGCAAGCAACUCUGGGAGGAGCUAAAGUCGCAGCAGGCAGGCAUAUGGGGAGCGCACAACACUGCUGCUGAUGCUGCUGCUGAUGGUGCUGCUGAUGGUGCUGCUGACGCUGAUGGUGGCAGUGGUGCUGCUGGGUCCGACAGUGCGGAACUCACCACACCACUCCACCUGCUCUCACCACCACUCCACAUCCUCUCACCCCGCACCUGCUCUCACCAGCCCCCCUCUCCCACCACCCCAUCUGCACCCACCACCCCACCGUUCAUCCCCUCACCACCAUGCAGGUUUCAUCCCAGGGCACCAACGUUGCUGUCUCAUCUGCUUCUUUCCCUAACGCUCCCCCUUCCCUCCAAACUCCCCCCCUUCCCCCUCUCCACGACCCCUCACCAUCACUCAGAGCUGAAUUUUAAGAUGUCUCAUAAUCCCUCUUCCUCCCCUCACCAUUACUCAGAGCUGACCGAAGGGCACCAUCGCUGUUGUCUCUCUGCUUUUUCUUCCUUCCCUCAACACUCUCCCCACCCACCUCUUCUCAUCCUCACACCACCAAUCAGAGCUGACCGCAGGGCACCAUCGCUGUUGUCUCAUCUGCGCCGCCGCUACGAGCCAUCCCUCCAACGCGACCCUGCCUUCCCUCCUGUACGCCCCGUCAAGGGUCCCUGCUCCUCACUGUAUCACGCCUACUCUCCUCACUGUAUCACGCCUACCCUCCUCACUCUGUUAGACGACAUUGCCUUCCGCCUCUUUGGAGUGCCGCGGCCUGCAGCAGCACCCAACUUCCUCACAGACAUGCUCAAGGCAUGGUGUGAGGUGCAGGCAUGGUGUGAGGUGCAGGCAUGGUGUGAGGUGCUGGCAUGGUGUGAGGUGCAGGCAUGGGAGCGUUCCCACGAUGGAUGGAUGUGCAUCACAUCACAUUCCCAUGCUUCACACCUCCCCCACCCACGCUUCAUGCCCCUUCAUGUAGUGCGUCUUGUGCUUGUCUCCAUCUCUAUUUUGCGUCUCCUGCAUCCCAUCUCUCCUCUCUACCCCCUGCCCUCUGCUGCUGCAUGUGCAGCUUGUGAUGGGGGAGGAGGCACCAGCAUAGCUGUUGGUGAAUUCGAUUCUCUUGUACAGAGUGACUAA